AUGAUCGCGCAAAGAUUAUCGGGCCAGAGAAAUGGAACGGAGCACAUGUAUAAAAGCCGGCAGCCAUUCUUUGAAAGCCACCAAAUCAUGGUCCUCCCAAAAUAUCUCACUCUGGCGCUGGUUUUCAUUGCUGCGAUGGCGGCAAGCGCUCAAAAUUACGAGCCACAACUACCCGAUACCCAAGGAACUGAUCAGCAGAUCAACAAUCCUCAGCCAAAACCGGCAAAAACGCAGCGCGGCUCGUCAGGAUAUGGUAACCAAGACUACGGGUAUUACGCUCCACGUGGAUACGGGCAAGGAAAUCGUAAUUCCGGCUACGGAGCUUAUGGCAAUUACGCGCCCACUGCAAAUCGAGGCUACGCGGGACGUCGAAGCAACAGUUGGAUGGGCUUUGGCUACGAUUCUUCUCCGGAAGAUCCAUAUCCGGACACAACUUCCGAAGAAACUUAUUACAACAGGCCCUACCAACAACAAUAUCAACAAUAUCAACGACCCUACCAACGGAACUAUCGAUAU